GCAAUCAACUUGUCAAAGAGGACGUUUGCUUAUCGACAGAGCAAGCAACAUCUACAAUUUCUAACAACCGACAACGGAAAUUCUACCCAAAACUAAAGUAGAAUUAUCCAAAGAUAAGUCCUUAUAAGUUUUAAAAUUUAUUUUCUUAAUUAGUUUGCUUGGUGAGGGUUUUUUUAAUUUGUAACAAUCGCCAAGGGUGAUAAACACAGAAUAGCUUAUGCAAACUUUAUAACAUAAUUGAAAAUCAGAGUUUUCGUUUGGAUUUCUUUUUGCUCUAAACUUUUCUCGUUUGUUUGUUUACUCCGUAGAUGCUUGGGUUUUGUAAAGUAACAAAGAAAUAUUCUAGCAAAAAUUGGAAAAACUGAAAUAUUGGGAUGCUUGGGUUUUGUAACGAAACAAAGAAAUAUUCUAGCAAAAUUGACAAAAUUGAAAUAUUGGGAUGAUUGGGUUUUGGAAAGAAACAAAGAAAUAUUCUAGCAAAAUUGACAAAAUUGAAAUAUUCUAGCAAAAUUUUGCACUCGCAAAAUGUCAUCAGUAUCAAUCAUUUUUUUUAUUUAAAUUAACUGUUCUAACUCGCUAUUGCCCAAAUUAACAGAUUAAAAAAGAUUUAAUACACUAGUCUUAAAUAAUUGAGAUAAAGUUUGUAGAUUAGAAUAGAAAUAAUCUUAUGAACAUCACGUCUAAAAAUUAUUAGUUGAACUUUUUGAGUUGAGCUUGAGGUUUUAUUCCCCCAAUUUUCCUUUUUUUUAAUACAUUAAAUUAAUUUUGUCAUACUUUUUCACCUUCAAGAGAACUCGAGGUGGAGGUAUUUUAGUUAUCUUACCUUUUAUUAUUUAAAAAGUUGUUUCAUUUUGUCAUUUUUUAAAAAUUUGGCCGUCCAUAGAACAAGCUAAUUUGCAAAGUUAUUUUAAAAGGACACACAAAAAGUCUGUUCGCCUAUAUAUCUUUUUUUUACUCGUUUAUAUUAUAUUAGACAGAAAAAGAAAAUCUUAAAUUAUCCCUGUAAAAAAAUAGCAUUUUCUGGUCGUUAAGAUUUCAUACUUUAGGUUUUUCCUAUUCAGUAAACGUAAAAAGGUAACAUAAGUUUAUUAACAAGAAUACUCUCAAAUUUUCCCCAGGAAUUGUGUUUUAUAAUGUGAUCAAUUCCUACCACUAAAAAAAAUAUCAUGUUAGACUAGAAAUUCAAGUAAAUUUUCAACUAGUAGGAGUCACCAAAUUUUAAUUGAAUUCUUUUAAAAAAUUCAUUAGCAUAAAAGUCUUUUAUAUGUCUGUCUAUUGCGGGUUAGACUCAAACAUAUUUAAAAUUUAAUUAAUUUCCCUUUCUAUUUCAAGAAUACUUGAGGCAGUUUUAUGGGUGUACUGAAUAUAUCUUCCUCGGCCUAUGGCUUUCACAAAUAUAAGAGGAUGUUAAAUUAGAUGGUUUAUGCUUUUGAAUCCGUCGAGAUCGCUGUUGCUAAAACAAGCGAUAUUUGCACUUGUAAUAGAACAUCAAUAUAAUAUAUGUUACAUAUGAUGGUCAGCCCCUUCUUGAAUGAAAACCUUUGGGAUUAGAGGGCAUGGUGAUAUCGCUAGCGGGAGAGAAAAUAUAAAUGAAAGCAACGGGACGCAUCGAAAAACCGCAAGACGCCAGGAAGAAAAGCUUUAAAACCAAGACGAGCAAGUACCGAUGGUCAAAUGGCAAAGUUGAGAAUUACUAGAUGGGCUUGUUGGAUUUUAGUGAUUACGUGUGGUACUUGUUGUGUGUUAACGAAAGGAAGUGUGCACAAACCAAAAAGGAUGUCAAAUUUGGACGCCGAUUUUAUAAUUGGCGGCCUAUUUCCAGUCCAUGUACAAGAAAAAAACAAUGUACGUUGCGAUGAAAAACUCUCUGCAUGGUUUUAUUACAUGGAGACAGCGAUGGGUAAUAAGGUUUGCUACAAAAUGAAUGUGUUUGGCUUGAUGUGGGUUGAGGCCACAUUGUUUGCAAUUGCAGAGAUUAACAAUCGAAAGGACAUUCUUCCGAAUAUAACACUUGGUUUCGAUAUCAGAGAUUCAGCUAACGAUGUCCACAAUGCCUUAAACGCUUCACUAGACUUCGUAUUACCUCUCAGCGACCCGACAACUAAUAAAAACACCUCAAAAAGCUCGCAUGGAGAUACGUGUAUUUGCCUGAGUAAGAACUCGGGAAUGACUCAUCGAGUAAGCGCAGUUAUUGGCGGAGCUGGAUCUACAAUUUCCAAAGCUGUGAACAACGUUCUUAGUAUGAACAACAUACCGCAAAUUAGUUACUCUUCAACGAGUCCAGCUCUCAGCGACAAGACUUUCUUCCCUUCAUUUCUUCGGACAAUUCCCCCUGAUUACAUCCAAGCGGAGGUAAUGGCGGACCUGGUAGCUUACUACGGAUGGAGUUAUGUGUCAGUUGUUGCCACAGAUGAAGAUUACGGCCGGUUGGGGAUCGAAGCGUUUAAACAAGAAGUGAAAUCUCGAAAUGUUUGUAUCUCAGUGGAUGAGCUUUUUCACCCAAAUAAUAAUCUCCCAGAAACAAAAGCUUCCAUAAAAAGUAUCGUAACGAAAUUAAAAAAUGACAAAAAAGCAACGGUCGUUGUUCUAUUUUGCGAGUCGCCGAACGCGCUUGCCGUGCUGGAAGAGGCGGAACAGCAAGGACUUCAUGGAAAAACCUGGAUCGGUGCAGAAGCAUGGGGAGACAAGUCGACUGUAUUGGAUUUCAAAAACAGCACUGUAGGAGGAAUGCUUGGGGUUCUUCCCUGGAAAGGAAGAAUUGAAACCUUUGAAGAGCACAUGGCAAAGCUUACCCCACUGAAUUCAAAUCAUAAUCCGUGGUUUCGAGAGUUUUGGGAAGGAAAUUUCGGGUGUGUUUUUGAUGACCUCUCAUCUCCAACUCACAUUUCAAAGUCUGAAAAUUUCUCACGUAGGGGCGUUGUUUUUUCUAAAGGUGAAAAAGUUAAGUGUAGUAAUUACGAAGGUACCCCGUCUGGGGAAGCCAUUCAACUGAACAAGGCGCCGAAUGUGAUGGACAGUGUGUAUGCGAUUGGCUGGGCGUUGCACAGCAUGCUGAAUUGUACCCCUGGUGGUCCAUCUAAACCAGGAACCUGCUCUAAAAGGGACCACACGUUCACGCCAAGCGACCUCCUGGAAGAGAUUAAGAAAACGAGUUUCACUGGGAAGCUUGGGUACCCUGUGCAAUUUGACAAGCAUGGGGACACGAAAGGUAACUAUCUGAUAAAGAGCCUACAACCAGACCACACCUCUCCCCACGGGCACAGUUUUGUCACUAUUGGUUACUGGAGCUGGACGACCCGUCAACUGCAACUCUCAAAAAAUAACAUCACGUGGAACAAUGGCAGCCGGCACACCCCUUUUUCGCGAUGCAGCGCGCCGUGUGCCAAGGGGGAGUACCCUGUCCAAGGGAGUGUACCUUGCUGUUGGACCUGUGUGAAGUGUCCAAGGGGGUCCAUCAAGAAUAGUACCGGUACUGGUGGGUGUGUCCCUUGUGAUAAAGGGUACACUUCCGAUGCUGGCAAUUCAGAGUGCUUGAAACUCCCGGAGAUCUAUCUUCAGUUGGAGGGUACUAUGAGCGUUGUCGUCCUUACCUGUUCUUCCGUUGGGAUCAUACUCACGGCUGUUGUAUUCGUGGUUUUUAUUCGUUACGGAGGUACCGCAGUCGUGAAGGCGUCCGCGCGCGAGUUCAGCUUCUUGAUGCUUCUAAUGAUCGUUUUCAUGUUCCUGUUAACUAUCCUUUACAUUGGUAGGCCUACCAAGACGAUGUGUAAAGCCAGGCCGUUUUGUUUUGCGUUUAUAAUGACUUUUUGGACAUCUCUAAUGCUAACAAAGACUAACAGACUAUUGUUAAUAUUCAAAAACAAAAAGGUCGCAGUUGGGGAAGUUGCGCUCGGAAUUCGAUGCCAGUUAAUCCUGGCGCUAUUCCUAACACUUAUCUCCAUGGCAACAACCUUAGCCUGGGUGAUGUCAUUUCCGCCGAAUGUGACGCUACACUAUUUUGAUACCCACGUGACUGUGGAUUGCGGUGGGGAGUCGCACACGCUGCUUAUAUUGCUAUUGGGAUAUACCGCUGUCCUAGCCGCGAUCACCACGUUUUUAUCUUACAAAGCGCGCCACCUUCCGGAGAACUUCAACGAGUCUCGGUACAUAGGGUUCUCCAUGUUCACCUUCUGUGUCAUCUGGUGCUGUUUUAUUCCGUUAUUUCUGACCACGGAUCCGGCCAUUAAGUAUACAUGUCUGUGUCUUGCCCUUUGCGUGACAGGGCUGGUCACGCUCGUCUGCAUGUUUAGCAACAGGCUAAGGAUUAUUCUCUUCCACCCGGAAAGGAAUCGGACAGAGAUCGUGCGCGCGAAAAUGCUUAAUUACACUAUGCGCCCGCGGAGUGGCACAGCGGCAAGCACCCAGCAGCACCUGCGCAGAACCUCUGUUGUCACAGUGGGAACAUUCACGCUGUCGUCUCCCAUUCAAUAGGUUUGCGCCUUGUCACGCGAUAAGUAUUUUUGUGACGUCAUUUCAAGACAAGGCAUCGUCCUUACGUCGCCCAUGCCGUGAUGCUUUAAAAAGCAUUUCUUUCUCUUUAAGAGCAAACAUUAUGAGAAAAAAAAGUAACAACGAAUUUAGAAAAUGCAAGAUUUUAUUAUGACUUUAUAAUUGCCCAGAGAAAUAUUAUCACUGGACCUACAAUUACCUACAAACAUUGCACUAAAGAUAUCGUUUAAUUUUGCCUGAAUAUUUUAUAAUAUGAAGCUUAAGUUUGUGAAUAGAACCCCGAUAACCCGACCAACCUACCAACGCGAAGUCACUUUCCUAUAUAUUUUUACCCUCGAUAACUUGAACUGUUCUCGAUUUGCAGGGUUCUAGUAAUCGUAAUUUGGCUGCACAUGCUGAAGAUAUUAAAAAUCCAUAAAGACCUUCAUUUAAA